UCCUGCCGGUCGCUACCACCCUUAGCUUCUCAGACUGAGCUCGGCGCCCCGGAGAGGAUUAAAACUCGGAGAGGGAGGGGUCUCCUGGUAAGGAUUCAGCUGUGCCAGUGGUCAUCACGGUGGUGGGAACUACAGCCUUGGACACUCCUAACGUCAGCAAUCAGUGGGCAAUUUGACUGAGCACUGGCAGUCUUCCAGCAUCAGCAUGAACUCCAGGGUCCCAGCCACUCAGAGCUGGUUCAGCAGCCACCCACCCACCACUGAGCCUGACUUGGAGCCUGCCACUGAAGGCUCUACCACAGAGACCACCACCCUCAGCCCAGAAACCACAAGCUUCAAUGACACCAGAAUCCCUGAUGUGGCAGGUGGUGCAGCUGGUGUGGGUACCAUGCUUCUGUCUUUUGGGAUCAUCACAGUGAUUGGCCUGGCUGUGGCCAUGGUUUUAUACAUCAGGAAGAAGAAAAGGCUGGAGAAGCUGCGCCACCAGCUCAUGCCUAUGUACAACUUUGACCCCACGGAGGAGCAAGAUGAGCUGGAGCAGGAACUACUGGAACAUGGGAGAGAUGCAGCCUCCAUUCAGGCUGCUGCCUCCCUGCAGGCCACACAGGGCAAGAGCACUCUCCCUUCCCAGGGUCCACUGCAGAGGCCCAGCAGGCUGGUGUUUACCGAUGUAGCCAAUGCCAUCCACGCGUGAGAGGCCGGGGAACAGGCCUGGACCUUUGACAAAGACAACUGCCACGGUCCCGGCAGCGCUGCCCACUUCCUGACUGUCAAGACCUAUUCUCAGGACCAGAGCCAUCACCACCACUGAGGCAGGAAAGGGCUGCAACAGACCCCAGCUGUGCUGAGGCCCUACCUACUGACUCACAAGCUCGCAGAAAGAGCUCUGACCAGGCUAGACAUUUGGCCACUGACUUCUCCUGAACCCAUGGCCGUGGCAUAGAAGGCAGCCUUUAUGAAG